GCACUCUGGUCCGGUGGCCUCGCGGGCUCGGAAGCGGGCGGGCGACAUGCUGCGUCUGCUGGCGACCCGCUGCACCCGGGGCCUGGGGUCCAGCGUGCCUGCGCGUCCUGCCACCGGGCUCUGCCUCCCGGGGCGCAGCCAGAGCCGCCGAGCCUCCGACAUGCCCCGGAACCACCCGCCCAGCCCCGAGUUGGUGGCCCGGUCGGUGGGCAUCUGCUCCAUGAUGCGCCUGCCCGUGCAGACGUCCCCGGAGGGGCUGGACGCUGCCUUCAUUGGGGUGCCCCUGGACAUUGGGACCUCCAACCGGCCCGGUGCGAGAUUCGGACCCCGACGCAUCCGGGAAGAAUCUGUGAUGCUCCGGACAGUCAAUCCUAGCACAGGGGCCCUGCCCUUCCAGUCCCUCACAGUAGCUGACCUGGGCGAUGUGAAUGUCAAUCUUUACAACCUUCAGGACAGCUGCCGGCUAAUUCAAGAAGCCUAUCAGAAAAUAGUAGCAGCUGGUUGUGUUCCUCUGACCUUGGGUGGAGAUCACACAAUCACGUAUCCCAUAUUGCAAGCAUUGGCAAAAAAGUAUGGCCCUGUGGGGCUGCUGCAUGUGGACGCCCACCUGGACACAGCCGACAAGGCCCUGGGGGAGAAGCUCUACCAUGGGACACCCUUCCGGCGGUGCGUGGAGGAGGGCCUCCUGGACUGUCAGCGGGUGGUGCAGAUUGGCAUCCGGGGCUCUUCCAUGACCCUGGAUCCCUACAGAUACAACAGGAACCAGGGCUUCCGUGUGGUCCUGGCUGAAGACUGCUGGAUGAAGUCGCUGGUCCCUCUGAUGGCGGAGGUCCGGCAGCAGAUGGGAGGCAAACCCCUUUACAUCAGCUUUGAUAUUGACGCCUUGGAUCCUGCCUAUGCCCCGGGGACAGGGACGCCUGAAAUUGCUGGUCUCACCCCUAGUCAGGCUCUGGAGGUCAUCCGGGGCUGUCAGGGCCUAAACGUGGUGGGCUGUGAUCUUGUGGAGGUUUCCCCGCUGUACGAUCUCUCUGGGAAUACAGCCCUCCUGGCGGCUAACCUGCUGUUUGAGAUGCUGUGUGUUCUCCCUAAAGUGGCAACUGCCUGAACCUUGUCUCUUUUAGACAAAA